CUUCGAAAUAGACGAAGCCCUUCAAAGGUACCUACAGGAGAUGAUCCCAAUCUCCCUUUCGAGUCCCUCAUCCAAUGAAGAUCUUUUUAUACACUUCUUUUCUUCCUUGAUCAAAAUUCCCUCUUUUCGGAACCGAAGCUCACCUUUUUUUCUCCAUUUUCUGAACAGCUGUCCGGCGAAAACUUGGUUUCAUUUUUAACACAUCAAACCCUAGGUUUAUAUAUCUUCGCGCGGAAAAAGGUUCUUUCGAAUCUCUGGUGUGUCGGUGCCCUCGAGGGGUUCGUAUAUAUAGUCACAUUCAUGACUGGAUGAAGAUUGAGUGGGUCCCCUGGCGAUGGAACUUGCAAGGCAAUCAGGGAGCAUGUAGUUUCAACUCCACCAGUAGGACAGCGAGAAAAAGGAUUGCGGUCUAAUUUUAGGGUAUACAGGGAAGAGCGAAAAUUUGAACUCAUGGCUCUGAUCAAUCUUGAGGAAACCAUGAAUGAUACAGUACUUCGAAAUGACCACCAGCAUAACUGGGCAUCUGAUGCAACCGAUCCGGCAAAAAUGGAAAGCCGUGGACACGUUUUUGCUGAAAACGCUAGUCUCGGACAUGAGGAAUCAUGUGAAGACCCAGGAACAUCAAACAUAACCUUGUCAACCGGUCAAUCUCAGUCAGACGCAGAGAAUGAAGAGAUGAAACUGCCUCAUGACAUGGAUGCGAUAGUCAAGAGGAUAAUCGGUGGAGAUGGCACUGAUACAACGAAACUUCGCUACCUUAUCAUGCUUCUAACGGCUCAAGAAGCAGACCAAGUAAUUCUCGGCUAUCUUAACAAAAAACUCGAAUCACUCCAGAUAAAUCGAAUCCCAUCUGUAACUGAACGCAACGUCGACGAAGCGAGGUUCGUUGACAGGAUCUCCGUCAAAGAUGCAAUUCCGUCGAAGCCAUGUCCGUCCAAGGAGCACUUAGGAAGGAAUCAGUUGACUAAAUACGAGUCAGAAAUGAUUCGUGCUUCUCUAGCUUCGAACCCAUUUCUUCAGAAAAAGGACCGAAGUCUGCGAAAAAACAAAUCAUCCCCAUGCGACAGCAGUUACUUUCCAUCUUCCGCCGCGACAUCUUAUCAAGCUCUUACGCCGAUGAUUGCAAUUCACACCAAGAAUCUCCCGUCAGCAUCAGCACAGAAUGAAAAGGAGCCAGCAAUUCUUAACGACGGGCAUAACUUCGACACUCCCCCGGGGAACGUGACUCAGGAAUUGACGCCCGUGGCGAGUUCGUUCGUGUCCACUUGCUUCACGCGCAGCAAUGAGUCACAGAGCCCAUCAAUUUGUGAAGCGGAACAAGCAAUUGGGAUCGGAGUUCUGAAAUAUGUGAAUGAAGCUAUGGGGAGAAGCGAGAAUUGCGCCCAUUGUGAGGAGGCAUUCAAGAGAGGAAAUGCUGUCGUCGAAGCUAAAAAAGGGUGUCCCAAGAAAUACUGGCACCCAGGCUGUUUCCGGUGUUGUGAAUGUGGUGUGUUCCUUCAGCAACUGAUUUAUUUUUCUCGGGAUGCUGACAUUUACUGCAAGAAGCAUUUUGCCGAAAUGCCUGUUGAGGCUGGAACUGAGAUCAACGAAACAAAAAUGUUCCCGGAUAAUGUGGAUUCUCGGACAAAAGGAACCUGCAUCCAGUGUGGUCUGGAUUUCGACACCUACUUCGUCAUGUCUAACCAGAAGUUUUGCAUCAGUUGCUUCAAGAGAAUCAGGAGAAAUGCAGUGAACUUGAAAGACUUAAAGCACGAUACAAGAAAACAGCAGCAGAGCUCGUUUCGGCAGCUCUCUGAUGAUCAGGCCGUCAUUCUGGAAGAAUGGAAACCAGGGCAAUGUCGAUCCUAUACAUUCAAUGGAUUCCCAGCAAGACCUUCUUGGAGCCAUCAGCUGCCAAAGAUCCAACCCCAGAACCCGCUGCCUCAUAAUCAGAGUCCGAUGAGAGGAAAACCCGGUGCUGCUCUUGAUAAUCGCGUUGACUGCCGCAUCUCCAUCAACGGAUCCACUAGCAGCCCGCUGAUGCGAAAGGAUCAGUACGUCAAUAAUGCGGGGUCGUCGUGCAACAUGCCAAAGAACUUCUCCGGGGACCUUUUGACUGUGUCAGCUGUCACUUCACAACAGAGACGGGCUUCUGCGCCUCUUCCCGGGGAAGACGCCAGGUCUAUUUUGACCAAUGGAGGAUCGAAUAAAGUCUAUGCUUCGCAACCAGCUGCCAGCAGUUCGAGACUCACAAUUUGUCUACCAGAGGGCACUAGCAGUGGCAGCAGCAGGCGCGAGAGCACGGUGUUCGGGAGGGCAGGAAUGGACGAGGACAGGGCAUACGAAGUGUUUUAUCCGUAUCCCUUAGUCAUGCGCUUGAGGGUUUUGCAGAUUGUGUCAGGAAUCUUGAGCAUUCUGAUGGGAAUGGUGGCAUACCUGGAAGAGCAGGGGAAGCUGAAUCUCUGUGCAUCAUGCCCAGAGGGACUAGUGGUGAUUGUGGCCGCCAGUUUCAGCGUACACUUCACCAGGGGAUUCGAUGGCUACAAGCCAGUUGAUAGCGACGCUACCUGGACGAGUAGACAUCAUCAAUCUGCAGGGUUUGCAAGCUGUUCUGGUGCAGGUGGCGCUGCUUCCUACGCUUCUUUGGUACAGCGUCGCAUGAGUGCGCCCACCUUACUGCCACCGAAUAUACACCGAGCUGCGGUUGCUGAGGCGGAUCUCAGCUUUUCGCGAAUGCUGAUGGAUAAAGCUGGGAAAAUGGCUAAGUCCAGGUACGGCUUCGUUGCCUUGCUGUGGGUAUUGGCCAGUGCUCUGACCUUGUUCACCAUUUCCCGGGUUGCUCUCACGCUUUGCUUCGCGUUCGAUGGCAAAGUAGCCGUCGUGGCUGUGCUCCAACUCGCCUUCUCGUCCUCAGUCGCCAUUUCCGUUGUUAUUGUGGGGUUCAUUGACCUAUCUUUCGAAAAAGCGUGUAUUGACAAUGCAAGGAUGAGUUCGUGCAAAUAGAAGUGCGAUAAGAGGUAUACGUACUCUAUAUACUGUACCUAUAACGCUGCUUUCGCAAAUGCAGAUGAGCCAUGACAAACGAGUGCAAAAAUCUUUUUCCUGUGGUUGUUUCUUCUCGAAAUCUGCUUGAUGACAGUGAAUACAAAGCUUGGUAUUUAUAGAUACGGGAUUAAAGAAGAAGUAACCUUUCUAUGACACAC